AUGGCCAGACCGAGAAAUGGAGAUGUUUCAAGAACCAUUCAACUACCUUCUCAAAUUCUAGAGCAAAUAAAUGACAAACAAGCCAGAGGGGAGUAUGAUUCUGGUGAUGCUCGAUAUGGUACUCCAGACUCAACCGGUUCCAAAAAGAGAAAGUCAAAUAAGGUACUAUCUAGAAAAGAGAAAAGAAAACAGGAGCGUACUUUGAAGAAGCAGAAACAAAGACCGAAUGUGAACGCAACUACUCCAAUUUCCAAAACUUCAAAAGUUAAAGAGCAAAAGGGUAAACCUUUCAAAACUAAUGGAAGUAAACGAGUCAGUGGUGAGCUGGAGGAUGUUAUGGAAAAGCUAAAAAAAUUGAAGGAACAAAAGAACAACAAAGCCUCGACAAAAUUGAGAGUUAUUGGAGAAGAUGACUUGAAGGAUCACUCAACGUCGGACUUCUCUGGUCUGGAGGAUUUGGAGGAUGCUGAGUAUAGUGAAGAAGAGGAUCAUAAUACUGAUCCAUUGGAAGCAUUGCGUCGCUUGAAAGAAAAGAAAAAGAAGAGCUCAAACAAUCAGAGUGAAAUACGAAUUGUCAAGGAAGAUGAUCUCGAAGAUGAUGACCUACUGGGUGAUGGCUAUAGCGAGGUUGAGGAAGACCCCAUGGAAGCUUUACGACUAUUAAAGGAAAAGAAAUAUAGUGGUUCAACAAAGAGUAAUGGAGAUGUGAGGAUCGUAAAAGAAGACGAUUUGGAAGAUGAUUCAUUUGGUGAAAGCGAUCUGUACUCCUCAGACUACAAAUCCGAGUUUGGUGGGUUUGAUGACGUAUCAGAUGACGAAUCGGACAAUGAAACAAAGGAAACCAAGAAAAACCAGGAUAGGCAUAUCAUCCCCGAUAAUGCUAUCACUCAAAAAGAUAAUGAGGAGAUUGAAUAUUACGCCAAAAAGCUUGGGUUGAAAGAUGGCAAAAAAUCGAAAUUGAGCAAAACUGAUGAUGAUGAUAUUAUCGGGGGUCUCUUGGAUGGGUUGGAUUUGGAUUUCUCAGACGACCUAAGUGCACCAGAAGACGACGUCUCGUCCUCCGAUGAGCGUGAAAGCUCUGAAGUAGGUAAACUUAAAGUCAAACAAAGCACCAAGUAUGCACUUCCUCCAAGUUCCAAAGCAUCUCAACAAGAUGAUGAUGACCUCGAAUAUUAUGCCAAAAAAUUGGGAAUCAAGAAAACUGAUAACUUGCCAGACGCUGACGACGAUGACUUGAACCACUUAUUAGAUGGGUUGGACUUCAUCAAUGAAGAGGAAGUUGAAGUGGCUAGCGAAGGUCUGGAGGAAGAAAUUGAAGAUGAAGAUCUGGACUAUUCCUCUUCUGGAGAGGAGAGAGUGAGGGAGAAUCCUUAUGUUGCCCCUAGUACCGACAAAGGAGACAAAAAUGACGCCUCUAUAUCUGAGCAAAGGUACAUUCCUCCUGCAUUGCGUCGCAAAAUGGCAUUGGAAGCACAAAGUGAAGAAUCUAAGGAAAUUUUGAACUUACGAAAGGCAAUUAUGGGUCCCAUGAAUAAGCUUUCGGAAGCCAACAUCUCCUCAAUUGUGAAUGAAAUUCAAAAUCUAUACAUGUCCCAUCCAAGACAGGUGAUGAACGAACAGUUAACAAAUAUCGUUCUUGGUGGAGUGAUUCAGCAAGGUCGAUUGUUGGACACUUUUGUUUACCUCCAUGCUUGUCUCGUUGCUGCAAUCUACAGACUACAAGGUGUUGAAUUUGGAGCCCACUUUAUUCAAACGUUGAUUGAGAAAUUUGAACAGUUUAGUAAGGAGAGCAAUAAGAAGACAGAAGCUUCAAAUUUGAUAACAUUGUUAUCAUCGGUGUAUUUAUUUCAUUUAUUGUCUUCCAAGGUCCUAUAUGAUAUAGUUAGAGAGCUCAUUAUAAACCUUAACGAAAACAAUGCAGACUUAUUGUUACGAUUGAUUAGAAGUUCUGGGAACCAAAUGCGUACAGAUGACCCUUCAUCUUUGAAGAACAUUAUAAUUUUGUUGAAUGAAAAAUAUGCUAAUUUGCUGGCGGACCUUAAAACUUCAAGAAUUCAAUUCUUGAUUGAUACAAUUUCAACUUUGAAAAACAACAAAAUGAAGGUGCUAAAUGAGGGAAACCAUCAAUUGUCCAUCAGACUCAAAAAGUUUUUGAGUGGUAUAAACAACAACAAAGGAGGUGAUCCAAUUCAAGUGUCCUUGGACGAUAUACAUAAUGUUGACACAAGAGGGAAAUGGUGGUUGGUUGGAUCUGCAUGGAAAGGGAACGAGGUCAUCGACAAGCCAGGUGCCGAUGUCAAUGAAUUCGAGGUCAAUGAUGUUCUCGAUGCAGCUGAACCAAACUGGUUGGAAUUGGCAAAAGCACAAAGGAUGAACACUGAUAUUCGUAGAGCUGUAUUUAUUUCAAUCAUGUCAGCUACUGAUUUUGUCGAUGCUAGGACAAAGUUGGAUAAGUUGUCUUUAAAGAGGGCUCAGGAAAGAGAAAUACCAAAAGUAUUGAUCCAUUGUACUACUAUUGAACCUUCGUGGAAUCCGUACUAUGCGGUAUUAGCAAACAAUCUUUGUGAUACACAUUCUUUCAGGAAGACAUUUCAAUUUAUGUUGUGGGAUUUAAUUAAAGAGUUAGAUGACGGUGAUGUUGACGAUGAAGAGGUUAAUGUUUUGGGAAUCAAUGAUGGAGAUGAGGAAACAAAGUUGAAAAAGAUUUUGAAUCUUGGAAGAUUUUAUGGAUACCUCUUGGCUGAGGACUCAUUACCCUUGCAUUCGUUAAAAACAGCCAACUUUUUGACAUCAUCGCCAGAUGCUACUCUAUUCCUAGAAGUAUUGCUUUUUACCUUCUUAGACCAAAUUGGAAAGAAAUCAAGAAAGAAUCAACUAGGCGCAGGGAUGAUAAUUGACAAGUCAAGCAAAACUGACGAUCUAUUUGAUGAUAGAUUGUUAGUGCAGCGCAUAAUUAAAGCAAAAGAUCAAAUCACUUUGCUUCGUGGAUUACAAUACUUUUUACAAGAAAAAGUUAAAGCAAGUGAUCUCGUCACAAAGGAGAAACAAAGGGUGAGAGUAGAUUGGGGAGUUGAUGCAAUGUUUGAUGUCAUUGAUGAGUUAUUAAAAGAUGCUGACGAAUAUUAA